CCUACGUCACCAGUAUUAUAAGUUGAGGAAGUCGCUUGUCUCGGCGAGUUGUACAAGAUUGGCAUCACGUUCAUAAAUACUAGUACGUAAAGAUGGCUGCUGCUGUGGCCAACAGAGCAAUAGGAGCCAUAGUGGGAUCAGCUGUUGCAGAUGCAGCAGCACAGCCCCUGCACUGGGUCUAUGACCUCCAGAAGCUGCAAGGGAUCCUGACUCGGCAUCCAAAUCCGGAGUUCCGCUCAGAGUCUGCAAAUCCCUUCUACAGGAGGCAGACCGGCCAACAGAGUUGCUAUGGAGACCAAGCGUACGUCCUGUUGGAGUCUCUGUCUGAACGUGGAGGUCUACGUGUCGAUGAUUUGAAGCAGCGCACAUUAAAAUUCUUUGGACCCGGAUCGGAGUACGACACACCUGCCAAUGAUCCUUACAGACAAAAAGACGGUCCAAAACUUCAGCUGCCCAUUGACGGACCGUGGAGACACGGCAGUUUAAAAAACUUCCUGAAGAAUGUGGAUUCUGGCAAAGAGGAGACAGGCUGCGAGACUAGUUGUGAUAUGGAUGGGAUCGCUAAACUGGCUCCCAUUGUGGCUUUUUACGCCGGAAAGCCGGACAUGCUUGACAAGGUUGAGCAGGCCAUCCGAGUCACUCAAAACAACGACAUGUGUGUUGCAGAAACUUUGGCAGCUGCCAGGUUCCUGGAGCAUUUCAUCAUGAACGGUCCUGAUCCUAAAGCGCUGGAGGCCGUUGUGGAUCAGCUCAAUGACCCAAACAGAAAGCAGGCCCAGGAUUUGGACAAAGCAGUCAUUGGGCACAUUACUCAGGUGAAGGAGAGUUUAUCCAAAACUCCUCAGGAGCUCAUUCCUGCUGUUUUCUCCAAUGCAUGAGGUGUGCCGGGUGCGUUCCAAGCAGCGCUCCAUGGAGUCCUGACAGCCAAGCAGUAUGAGCAGGCCAUCAGGGACACUAUGCGUUGUGGAGGAUGCACCUGCAGCAGAAGCUCCUUCAUCGGGGCUUGUCUCGGCGCUCAGGUUGGCCUUGAGGGAAUUCCUUCUUCUUGGGCCUCCAGAACCCAGCGUUAUGCAUCUGUGUUGGAGCACAGCAAGAAGAUCACAGAACAGCACUAGUAGUUGUUUCUCAAGGUGGCUGAGUACAUUGUGGACAUCUGUUGAGCUUUUACAGAGCAGUCAAUGAAGCAUCCUGUUUAAAUUCUCGACAGGGUGUGGAUGUUUUUUGCUUUUGUGAACGUUUAGCCGAUCGUUCCGGUAUGUUUCAGUGAUAUUUCUCCUUAUUUUUACUCAAAUUAGAAUGUGCAUGGAUACGAUAUGGUGGGCACUUGGGUUUAUUACUGACCCUUUUCUGGCGCUUAUAUUGAUGGUGCGGAAAUGGUAAUAUUGAAAGCUUCUAUUAUACUAUAUAUUAUACUAAGAAACUGUCCAAUAAAGCAGCAACAAGACACCUUUUGCAUCGUUUUGACUGACUUUGAGGUUAUACUGUGUUUCGG